GAUGACUACAUCAAGAGCUGGGAAGAUAAUCAACCUAUAGAUGAAGGUCUGGACACCACGAAAGAUCCAUGCCAGAAAAUCAAAUGCAGCCGGCAUAAGGUGUGCAUUGCCCAGGGCUACCAGCGGGCCAUGUGCAUCAGCCGGAAAAAGCUGGAGCACCGAAUCAAACAGCCUGCCGUGAAGCUCCAUGGAAACAAGGAGAACUUGUGCAAACCUUGUCACAUGACCCAGCUCGCCUCCGUCUGUGGCUCUGAUGGCCAUACUUACAGCUCUGUGUGUAAACUGGAACAGCAGGCCUGUCUGACCAGCAAGCAGCUGACAGUGAAGUGUGAGGGUCAGUGCCCAUGCACAAGUGAACAUAAUCCGACUGCAGCCACAGAUGUCAAGCAAGAAACCUGCACUGGACAAGACUUGGCGGACCUGGGCGAUCGACUGCGGGACUGGUUCCAGCUGCUGCAUGAGAACGCCAAGCAGAACAGCUCUGGAAGCGUUGGGCCCAAUCCCGUGAAUGCACUGGACAAAAACCUGGUGGCCAGUUGCAAAGACUCUAUUGGUUGGAUGUUUUCCAAGUUGGACACCAACAGUGAUCUUUUCCUGGAUCAGGCAGAGUUGGCAGCUAUCAACCUGGAUAAGUAUGAGAUUUGCAUCAGGCCUUUCUUCAAUUCCUGCGACACCUACAAGGACGGGCGUGUCUCCACUGCGGAGUGGUGUUUCUGCUUCUGGAGAGAGAAGCCUCCAUGUCUUACGGAGUUAGAGAGGAUUCAGAUCCAGGAAGCUUCAAAAAAGAAACCUGGAGUCUUCAUUCCGAGCUGUGAUGAAGAUGGAUACUAUCGGAAGAUGCAGUGUGACUCAAGCAGUGGGGAGUGUUGGUGUGUUGAUCAUCUUGGCACAGAGCUGACAGGAACGCGGAUGCAUGGGAAUCCAGACUGUGAUGACAUUGUUGGAUUCUCAGGGGACUUUGGGAGUGGUGUCGGAUGGGAAGACGAGGAAGAGAAAGAGACAGAAGAAGCUGGCGAGGAAGCUGAAGAGGAGGAGGGAGAAGCAGAUGAUGGAGGCUAUAUUUGGUAGACGCCACCAAGAGCACUGUUUGGCCGGGAUGCAGGCUGUAGGGCUGGGAGGUAGCAGUCAAAACUGAAUGGAGAGGAACAACUGAACAAGAUGAUCAGGAAACACAGUUGAAUGUAACUAACUAUGGCAGAAUGUGCGAAUGCGUGAAUGUGUGAAUGUAUGUACACUUGCCUGGGUUGGGUCCAUUCUCUUUAUGUGGCCGAGGAGACACAUUCUCGUUCUUCCCAGCUUAGCAGAGAUCAAAGCUAUAGCCGAGCAAAAGGGGAGGGGGGAAGUACUCUGCACUGUAGGUUCCAGAGGACCUUUUGUUAAUAUUAAAUUAAAAAUUUUAAUGAUCAGUGACACAUUUCAGCUCCUAACCAGGCUCAAAAGUUAUGAGAAAUACCGGCCUCCUUCAUUGCUCUGGCUGUGGUGCCCAGCAAUAUCCUGCAGUAAAUGUCCUGUCCAAAUGCUUGUCAAGCAAUCUGCCAAUCACUUGUGCAUUUUCAUUGCAGCAGAUCACCAGAAUUUGCCUAACAGGUCAGAAUCAGGAACAAUCCAUUCUCCUGUGAGAUCAAGGACCGUACUGGAGAGGGACAGCUAGUGUAUUGCUAGUUGCAAAUACAGCUCCACAGCAGUCAUUUCAGAUAUCUAGAUGGGUUUCCAAAAUCUUGGAAAAGUUCCUCUGGAAGGAUGAACAUCCAUGCACUGAGUUAAUAGCUAUUUGUGAUCACCUUUACUGGACUUAGGCUUCUUGGUUAGGAAGACUUUCAAACUUGUCUGUAUUUGCUUCUCAUGUAGUUGGUGUGCUAGCUAGUGCUGUAGAAUAAAGGGCUUCUCAGUCAUCUAGGCAUCUUGAUGGAAAGGCAAGUGGUUCUGACAUGGAAAUUGCUGAGAAUAUCAAUUAAAAGAAUAAAAUAAUUAGUUGUGGAAAAGAAAUCAGCACGUUAGGUACAGUAACUGCAAGACAUGGUUUCCCGUAAUAAAAGGAUUGGUAAAAUAGGUAUCUCAGUAGCUUUGUUUUUAUAUUGCCCUGUUCAUUAGGUGUGGGAAGUUUGUAUCUAACUAGAACCCAGUGUUCUCCUCCUAUGUUCUGCAGUGCGAUCCUUUAUCUUCACAACAUUGGAGGAGGAAAACAUUAGGCAUCACCUACAGAAAGAAAGACAAAAUUGCAUUAUCCAGAAAAUAUUAGGCAUUGUUUUUCAAGCAUUAGCCAGUGGAAAGCAUCUGGAAAAAAUAUUGUUAUUUUCUUAGUUAGUGGAAUGUCAGGCUUUUUAAUCCAGAUAAAGUCAAUUAAAUCUUUUAGGAAGAUCAUUUCUCCACUUCCCCUCAUUUAGAUACACUCACCGCUUUGUGAGCGUGCACGCUUGCAAGCAUUUGAACACGUGCAUUACAGUCCUGUACGAGUUGCAGCUGUGCAUGUCCUUGGGUGGCAUAAAGAAAUGUUGAGUGUUGGUGUGUGUGAGUAUGUGAGUAUGUGAGAGUACACACUGAGAAUGGGGUAGCCACCUUGGCUUACAUCAAGCACCCCAGAGCUUAUACAGAUAUUGAGUUUCUGGUUGAGCCCUUAGGGACAGUGUGCUUCUGCAUAGGCGUCCAACACAUCAAAUAAUCGUGGGAUUUUAAGCAGCCUCACUCCCCAGUAAGCCCAGCCACAUCCAUAACAGAGAUUUCUUAUGUAGUCCAGCUAUGAUAAUAAAUGAGCCUUGCUGUGUUGAA